UUUUAUUUUGAAGUCUGACCACACGUCACAACAACCUCCUAACCGGAAAUUUCGUUUUGCGCUGCCACUUUCAUUAUGUCGAAGUACAAAACCGUAAUUUGGCCUAAAGUCAUUUUAUUUGGGGACUCCAUCACACAGUUUUCAUUUCAAGCCAAUGGCUGGGGUGCAGAAAUUGCCGACAAACUAGCAAGAAAGUGUGAUGUUGUAAACAGAGGACUGUCUGGCUACAACUCCAGAUGGGCUAAGAUAGUACUUCCUCGCCUCAUAAACAGCCCAAACUCAGCAGACAACAUAGCUGCUGUCACUGUCUUCUUUGGAGCCAACGACUGUGCACUGGAAGAUAAAAACCCCCAACAGCACAUCCCUCUGCAGGAGUAUUCAGAGAACCUAAAGGAGAUCACCAGGCUUCUGGCUUCAGCUGGAGUGUCAGCAGACAGAGUUAUCUUCAUCACCCCUCCACCUAUUCAUGAGCCGGCCUGGGAGAAGGAGUGCAUUCUGAAAGGAUGUCCACUCAAUCGCCACAACUCUGCAGCGGGGCAGUAUGCCCAGGCAUGUGUCCAGGCUGCCAGUCAGUGUGGUACAGACGUCCUGGACCUCUGGACACUCAUGCAGAAAGAUGGACAGGACUACACAGUCUAUCUGUCUGAUGGGCUGCAUCUCUCACAGAAGGGAAACCAGUUUGUGUCACAGCACCUGUGGGAGCUGCUGGAGAGUCGGGUGGCUGAUCUGCCCUUCAUCCUGCCUUACUGGGGAGACGUGGACACCAAGAGUCCCGAGAGCAGCCUCCUCUGUAACCAGUGAAGGAGAGGACGUUGGCUUUGAAAAAUAUUUUAAAGAUCCUACAGGGCUGGAUAUUCUGUGAAAAACAAAACACUCAACAGCACUCCUUUGUUGCACUUGUUGGAAAUGCCCAGGUGAAUGAAUGAAGCAGCUGUGAUUUGCCAGUAUGUCAAAUGUGAGACCACAUAUUAAUGUUUAAAAUGCACAAUAAAGAUUUUUAUUUUGAGAUGUGUGUAGGUAAUGCAAGCGAGGAACUUAAAAAAAAGUGAGAAACAUUAAGAAUAUACACAUCAGAAUAUGACACAGGACAUCUGCUCAUUGUGUAACAGUUCACAUCAACUCGGUAGUCACUGUUAGCUACACGGUCUAGUUUUUUUCCUGACCUACAGUUAAAUACAUAUUUUACAAUUUUAACAUGUGGCACAGCAGGCAACAGUGGUGAGACAUAUAAUAACAGAGGUGCAUAAGUCACAUUGGCACAAGGACAGAAAACAAAGCAUAAAAAUAACAUUUGAGCACCUCUGGAAGUUUUUUUAAAAUUAAUUUCCAGAUUGUCCAGAUUCAUGUUCAACUGCUGGAAGUUUUGCACAGAAAUCAAAGUCGACUCAGAACGGUUAGGCACUAAAUCAGAAAAGGCACCAUGUUUCAUACACAUGAUAUAACCUCUUAAAGUUUCAACAGCUGGACAAAUAAAUGAAAUACUGAACAGACUACCACUUGUCCCUGCACAGUAUUAAAAUGUCAUAAGUACAAAGGGGUCAAGAUUAUACAAGCCUACAAUUUAAAAAAAGAAAAAAAACAUUGACACAGCACAGUAAGAACAUGUAAAAAA